AUGAAACAGCUAAUUAACAUUAAUGACUGGCAAGGGGUGAAUGUAAAUUCGUCGGCCUCAUCUCCAAAGUUGUUAAAAUCUACACAAACCUCGAGCAUCGAAAUGAAUAGCCAGAAUAGUUAUCGAAGUCCGCCGUCAGCGCCAAAUAGCAACAAUGCCAAUACUUCAGUAGCAGAGUUUUUGCGAUUAACUCCAGUAAACCUUAAUAAAUUAUCCUCUCCAACUAGAGAAGGCAGUUCUGAGGCGAUGGAGUUUAACCAGAUCCAUUUACCGGUGCCACCUGACAAGUUUCAGGCGGACAGUUGUGCUUAUAGAGAGAACUUUAAAUUGAUAUCGAAACAGUUGGAAAAGCUAUUAAAUGAUUUGAACAUAGUUUACAAGGAGAUCGGUUAUUCUAAUGCAGAAAUAACUUCACGAGAAAAACGAAUAUUUAACAGAUUGUCAACAUCCAUUUCAUCGUUUUUCUACCAAGCUGAUGAGGAGAAAACCAAGCUUAUUGAAGAAAACGAGAGCUGUCAGGAGGUCCUAAGGCGCAUCUUACAGAUUUUAAAAGAUCCACGGGGGUCUGAUACGAUUCCAGAUUUAUACACAAGAAAUUCAUUACUAGGACUUGAAUCACAAAGUCCAAAUAAGAAACCAAUCUCUUUGUUAAACCGGAAACGUAUCCUAUCAAACGCCAAGCAAUUCGUAAUAAAAACUUAUGCUCCUAAGUUGCUAUCCUUCUUAGAGAGUUCUGUAAAGCUUCGAAAGCUGAUCGAUGUAAUGCCAGACUUCCAGCCAGAAACUAAUCAAAAACUAGUUAGCAUUAUCCCCCCGGCGGCUACAUGCAACAGUUUUAAAAGCUUCCUAUCGUCGCAUAUAAAUGACAUUGAAGAAAGUUACAAAUUCAUCAUGGUGAAUAAAAACAUUCUUCUUCAAAGUAUGAACUUUGCAGAUGUCAGUGAUAAAAUGGUUACGAAUAUUAAUGAAAUGAUGAAAUCUUAUCAACAAGAGUACUCAGUGAGAACCACUCAAAUGACAGCUACAUGCCAGGAGCUGUUAAAGCUAAUUAAGAACUUAGGAGUGGAUAUAAUGGAUCUUGACGAUCUUGUAAGAGAAAUUAUAAACGAUUAUACCCAGAGAAGAAUGCAUUCUACUAGAGAACUUUCACUCCAAAUGAUGUCAAUGUUGGAGAAAGUAGUGGCCGACUAUCAUAUCAUUACAAAUAAGCGCCAAGAAGAAAAACAUAAAGUAGUCAUACGAUGUGAGAACCUUUGGGAUAAAUUAAAGAUCUCACCAUGCUAUAUUGAGAAAUUCAAAUCUGACCAUUGUACCUUAUCCUUCAAAGACAUAAAUGCCUUUGAGAGGGAACUAGACCGGCUAGAAACUAUGAAGAAGAAAUUGAUAAAACAUUUACUUGAUGAAGCGUGGGAACGUAUUGUGGAACUAUGGGACUUAAUGCAUUUUACUCCAACUGCAAGAGCAGAGUUUACAACUUUAUAUGAAAAUAUGAAAGCCUCUAGCACUUCGCUGGCGGAUGAUGAAAAUGUGCUAGAAACAUGCGAACAGCAAAUCAAACUAUUAGAAAAGAAGUAUGGUAUUGUGAAACCCAUGUUAGAGUUGGUUGACAAGUUUAAGAAGUUGCAUGAAAGUAGAUUACACUUAGAAGAUAGUAGUAAAGAUUCGUCGAGGUUGUUAUCCAGAAAUUCACAUAAAAUUUUAUUACAGGAAGAGAAGAUACGAAAGAAAAUUGCAAGGCAUUUCCCGACAGUAAUUCAAGAAUUGAGAACUAAGUUACUAGAGUAUUCCAAUGAGUUCAACGAGGAUUUUACUAUCGACAACACGAGAUACUUGGAUAUAGUUAACAAUGAACAGGAACAGUUAAUCGCUAAAUAUCCUAGAAUGAGGUUCUCAGAUAACUCCCAAAAGGCAAUGUACCGAUCGAAAUCUUCCUCUUUAUCCUGCGUUGCUAAAAAAGAUCUGCCGCGCACAAGCAGUAACCCGUGUACGUCUAAAGUCAUCGCGGUGACGCCGCUACGACAUAUCCCGCAUAGAAAUGAACAUCGUCCGAAAGCAGCUGAUAAUGCGCACUUAACUGCCGAGAAGCCUCCAAUAGCGGAUUCUUUUAUUAGAGCGUUGAAGAACACAAACAAUUUAAGUCCACCCAAGAGAAGAGAUCGAAUAUAUGCGAAGAAUUACUUAAUGGGGAGUAGUCCUACUAAAAUUCCAACGCUAUCUGCUUCAAGUAGAAGUGCUAUACUCAAGUUACCAAGGGUGAGGAAAAUACAGCCAUUACAAACUUUCUCACAACUUGCAACUAUGUCAAGCAACAGGUUAAACAAGCAGAGUAGCAUCCCAAUGUUAGCAAAAAACCUUACCCAUGAUUUGUUAUGCGAAGCUGGAAAGGAAAAUAGCUUUGGUUUGGAAUCACCUGCUAUAAUAACCAAGUCAUCAAGAAACCAACUACCCAGCAGUCCGAUGAAGGAAAAGGAACAAACCACAUAUACAAGCAUUCCAGAAGAACAUUUUAAGAUAACUGCAUCAACGAGAGACGGUAAGGCUGAUCAUCCUAAUGCAGAUGAAUCCAGCAUCAUGGAAGACGGAAACUUCAUAGAGUGGAAGAGGUCACAGUUAGCUAAGUUAAGCGAAAGCCCAAUAAAAAGUCCCGCUGAAGUAACCACUCCGGUCAAUUGGGAAAAUAACUUAGCUGACUUCCUUAAAGUUGACAAAGGAAAUCAAAUUAACUGA